AUGUACAAUUUUAUUGCAACCCUUGUCAAGAAUAUGAACAGUGAACAAUCAGAAAACGAAAACAUAAUUGAUGUAUCGUCUUCGCAAUCAACUUCUAAUUCUCCUUAUACCAUUACUGCCGCGGAUGUGUUCAAAGUUCGUAUGUACUUUCUCAGGGGUUGGGGAAAUAAUGGAAAGCUUCCAUCUUUACCAUAUGAGAUAAUAGAUUCCAUAUUCGAUUUUGCACAAUAUUGGUCUUCGGUAACUUCUCGCCGAGAGGCUUUCUAUAAAGGAGAUUACUUGAAUAUGUUAUACCUUACCGGAUCAUUACCGACUCCUCCAUCACCAAACGAAGCGGAAAUAUUUACAAAGUGCAAAAUGAUUAAAUUUACAUGCGAGUCUCAUGAUCAAGGAUGGUCGUCGUAUCCUCGUACUCAAGGUAGUUACAUAGGUUCAUAUACAUGGGGAGAAGCUUCCGUGGUUAUCCCCAAACAAGGUAUAAAUUUACAAGAUCCAUCAAUUGAAAUUGGCGACAAAUUUGAUGAAAAGGUGCCGAAAGAGCGCUAUAUUGUUUAUACAAAUAAACAUGCCGAUAAUACCUGGCAAAUACAUAAUAAAGUGUUCACUUCAGAUCAUCCUUUGGUAACUGGUCUGCAACCUGGUGAAAUGGUGGGGCUUUGGAUUCGAUCGAAUUUUCCAGGUUGGGUUAAUAAUAUCAAGCGAGCUGAAUUGAAAUUAUACUACUCCUUUUAG